AUCACGUGUGACGUUGCGGGCGUGUAGCUGUGUGUAGAGGUGACCUGCAGUCAGUCUGACAGCGGCCGUUGCAGUAGAAGGUCCAGUUUGUUAGUCUCUGUGUAGCCAGUUAUCCAAUUCCGAGCCUUUAUCACCAUGCCCGAUACUAUCAAAGUCUUGGUGACUGGAGCAGCUGGGCAGAUUGCCUAUUCCUUGCUGUACAGCGUUGCUAAAGGCGAUGUAUUCGGCACAGACCAGCCUAUUUCACUCUGUCUUUUGGACAUCGCCCCGAUGAUGGGUGUGUUGGGAGGUGUUGUGAUGGAGUUGCAGGACUGUGCUCUACCUCAUCUAAAAGAGGUGAUUGCCACAGACAAGGAAGACGUUGCCUUUAAGGAUGUCGAUGUUGCCAUCCUGGUAGGCUCAAUGCCCAGAAGGGAGGGAAUGGAAAGGAAAGAUCUACUGAAAGCCAAUGUGAAGAUCUUUAAGUCACAGGGUGCUGCCUUGGACAAGUAUGCAAAGAAAACUGCCAAGGUGAUUGUUGUGGGAAAUCCAGCCAACACCAACUGCCUGACUGCUUUGAAGUCUGCUCCAUCUAUUCCUAAAGAGAACUUCAGCUGCUUGACCCGCUUGGAUCAUAAUAGGGCAAUAGCUCAGAUCGCUCUGAAGUUGAACGUGGCACCUUCUGAUGUAAAGAAUGUGAUAAUCUGGGGCAAUCACUCAUCCACUCAAUACCCAGAUGCCAGCCAUGCCACCGUUCAUGUUGGUGGAAAGGACAUCAGUGCAUUUGAGGCUGUGAAAGACGAUUCAUGGUUAAAAGGAGAUUUCCUUAAAACUGUGCAGCAGAGAGGUGCCUCUGUUAUCCAGGCCAGGAAGUUAUCCAGCGCUAUGUCUGCCGCCAAAGCAAUCUGUGAUCAUGUGAGGGACAUCUGGUUUGGAACUCCUGAGGGACAAUUUGUUUCUAUGGGGGUCAUUUCGGAUGGAAAUGGCUAUGGAGUAGCAAACGAUUUGCUGUAUUCAUUCCCUGUUACUAUCAAGGAUAAAACCUGGAAAAUUGUUGAAGGACUCAAGAUUGAUGACUUCUCUCGUGAGAAGAUGGAUUUAACGGCCAAAGAGCUAAUAGAAGAAAAGGAGACUGCAUUUGAAUUUCUUUCUAGUGCGUGACUAACAACCGAUCAAACCUUGCACUUAGAUGAAAAAGUAAAGAGUUGUCUUUAGUUAAACAUGCUAUUUAUGUCAAGUGAAACAACUUGAUUGUCACAAGUAACUCCAUUUUUUUUGUAUUGUGACUAGCAUUAUAAAUCCUUGUUAGCAGUAGUGAAUAAAAAAAAAAAAUAACCUUGUUGGGUUUUU